AUGCAUUCUCCAGAAUACCUACUCGGUCUUGCCAAUAUCAAUCCGGAAUUAGAAGAGAUCUUGAAGAUUUCACCAGUGAAGCGGAGGAUUAACGCCGAUACCGAUGUUCCAGAACUAAGAAAACGCCUCCUGGCGACGAAGAAAGAACUUGUUGCAGCCAGCACAGCAUCAUUAAAUCAAGCUUCAUUCAUCGAAGAAGAUCGUCAAAUACCAGCUCGAGAUGGUCACUCUAUCGGAAUCAGGAUACACAAACCGAAGAAUCCUCCCAGUGGAGGUAGUCCCGUCUUUGUAGUCUACCAUGGAGGUGGAUUUUGUUUAGGUGGGUUAGAUAAUGAAACUGUUCUAUGUAGACAGUGGACGGAGCUGGGAGGAGUGGCGAUAAAUGUUGAUUAUAGACUUGCGCCUGAAGAUCCAUUCCCUGCAGGUGUGAAUGAUGCUUACGAUGCUUUGAAAUGGACUGCUUCGAAUGUGGAAGAGCUUGGAGUCAACCCAACAAAGGGCUUUUUGGUUGGAGGAAUCUCAGCUGGUGCCAACUUUGCAUCUAUAGUCUCACAUUUAUAUCGAGAUGAGAAAUUAUCUCCACCAUUGACUGGCGUCUAUCUCUCGAUUCCUCCCGUCGUUUCCCAUAAAGUGGUACCAGAAAAGUACAAAGACACAUACUUGAGUCUCGAACAGAACAAAGAUGCUCCAUUAUUGAACAGGGAAAUCGCAGCAACAUUCGACAGACUCUAUGCGGCAGGCGAACCAACACACUUACUCACCCCAAUAUUAUUCGAAUCUCACAAGGACUUACCCCCGACAUAUUUCCAGAUUUGUGGUAUGGAUCCUCUACGCGAUGAAGGAUUUACAUACGAAGAUAUAUUAAAAGAGAGCGGAGUUGAAACCAAGACAGAUAUAUACCCGGGCUUACCGCACGGGUUUUGGUCAUACUUUCCCGAAGCGGAAUUUACAAAGAAGUUUAUAGAGGAUUGUAAGAAUGGGAUGUCCUGGUUAUUGGAAAAAUCGUCGAGAUAG